AGAAAAACCGGAUAACGUUCUUUCAGUUUUUCUUCUUUCUUUCAUGGUGCUGCUGCUGCUGGUGCUAUCAUCUCACUAACCACUCGGUGGAGCGCAUUUUAUGCGCUUAGAUUUCCACUCUCUUCAAUCCCUUUUCAUUUCCAAUGGUUUCUUCUUGGCCUCUCUCUCAGCCUACCAGUCACAGCUUCUUCUCUAAAACCCAGUUGAGAGGAUUUGGCCAUGGCUCUCGGCGACCCAGCUUCUCAUUUUGCCGCGACUCCGAAAGCAAAGUUCGACCCAUCAAAGCUUUGGUUGAUUCAGCCCCAUUCCCCUUAUUCCAACCUCCCAAAGUUGAAGAGUCGUCGUCUGAGUUGGAGCCAGCAGACCCUGAUUUCUACAAGAUAGGUUAUAUUCGAAGCAUGCGAGCUUAUGGAGUUGAGUUUAAGGAAGGGCCUGACGGUUUUGGUGUGUAUGCUUCUAAAGAUGUUGAACCUCUUCGCCGACCCAGGGUUAUAAUGGAAAUUCCUCUUGAAUUGAUGUUAACCGUGCGUCAGAAGCUCCCAUGGAUGUUCUUCCCUGAUAUAAUUCCAGUGGGACAUCCAAUAUUUGAUAUUAUCAACUCAACAAAUCCAGAGACAGAUUGGCACCUUAGGUUAGCAUGCCUGCUGUUAUAUGCAAUGGACUGUCAGGAAAACUUUUGGCAGUUGUAUGGUGACUUCUUACCCAGUGCUGAUGAGUGCACUAGCUUACUUCUGGCGAAAGAGGAAGAACUGUUGGAGCUGCAGGAUUCGAAUCUUGCAUCUACCAUAAGGAAUCAGCAACGUCAUGCCUUAGAAUUUUGGGAGAAGAAUUGGCACAACAGUGUUCCCCUUAAGAUAAAGCGUCUUGCUCGUGAUCCUCAAAGGUUCAUGUGGGCAGUUGGUAUAGCACAAUCACGAUGCAUUAACAUGCAAAUGAGGAUUGGUGCACUACAUCAAGAUGCAAAUAUGCUGAUUCCUUAUGCUGACAUGCUGAACCAUUCGUUUGAGCCAAAUUGCUUUUUCCAUUGGCGCUUCAAGGACCGGAUGCUUGAGGUGCUGAUAAAUGCGGGACAGAGGAUUAGAAAGGGAGAUGAGAUGACGGUUGAUUACAUGAGCAGACAAAAAAAUGACAUGUUUAUGCAAAGAUAUGGCUUCUCAUCAUCUGUGAAUCCUUGGGAUGAGAUCAAAUUCUCUGGAGAUGCACGCAUACAUUUGGAUACCUUCUUGUCAGUGUUCAACAUAUCUGGCCUUCCUGAAGAGUAUUAUCAUAACACUCUGCUAUCUAAUGAGGGCGAUACUUUUGUUGACGGAGCAGUCAUAGCUACAGCACGAACACUGCCAACUUGGUCAGAUGGGGAUGUUCCUCCAAUUCCUAGUGUGGAACGGAAGGCUGUGAAGGAGUUACAAAAUGAAUGCCAACAAAUGCUUUCAGAAUUUCCCACAACCUCCAAGCAAGACCAAAAAUUGCUAGAUUCACUGCAGGAUGCUACCAGGACUCUUGAAGCUGCAAUAAAGUACAGAUUGCACCGGAAGUUGUUCAUAGAGAAAGUCAUCCAAGCAUUGGACAUCUAUCGAGACAGAUUACUCUUCUGAUUUCAAGUCACUAGGUUGUAUUAUGUGAGAAAUUUUGUGACAUGCGUGGUUAUACAGAUAAUGCUUAGGUUAUCCAUGCUUCUCUUUCUAUGGUUUUCA